AUGUUGUACGAACUCAUAGGAAUCGUGCGACCGGGCAGCCUCGCCGAGGUGAAGGAGUACGCGCUCCCUGAAAUCCCCAUCCCCUUCAGUCCCAACCCAACGCCUCUCCCUCUCUCCGAUCCCCAGAUUCCGCAUCUUUGGAGAACAAUCGCCCUCACCGCCGGCCAAAUCAUCCUCCGCAACGGCGGCGUCAUUCGCGGCAUCUCCAACUGGGGCGUCUUCACCCUCCCGCGCCCCGUCUCCAAGGCUCAAAUGAAGCACAAGAGCGGCCACUACUUCGUCAUGCGGUACGAUGCCUCCUCGUCCACACACGCCGACAUGCGCACCACCAUCAACCUCGACCCUCGCGUCAUUCGCACCGCCCACGUCAAGCUUGGCGAUGGCAAGCUCGAGACUAUGGCCCGCUUCGGCGACGUCAAGUGGGAUCGGUAG